AUGGCUGGAAUCGAUGGACUGCAGGCGGUGGUCUCCACCCUGGGCAGCAUUGCUGAGCCUGGCACGUCCUCUGGCGGCACCCUGGGCACGGUUAACCUGGUCAGGGCGGCUGCUGGGCUUUCUGUCGAGAAGUUUGUUCUGCUGGGCGCCGGGGAAGCAGUGGACCACUUCAAGAUCUACGAUGGCCUCAAUUAUGUCAUCAUCGAGCCGCGCAGGGAAGGCCCUGCCUCCGCCCAGGAGGUGGCGCAGACCCUGGUGCAGGCCCUUGUGACAGAUGCAGAGGACGGCAAGGUGGUGCCGUCCAGUGGUGCAGCAUCCAGUGCGUGA